UGGUGUGGGUGAGCGCUGUUGAAUGCAUGUACCCAGUGGCACUCACAAUCCCUCAGUGCUGCUACUGUCUAGAUAAACAAAUGAAAUGAACUGGGCAAGGUUGCAAGGUGAUCAGGGAAGGCAAGAGACAGAAGGCAAGUACGCAGGGUCGGAGGUGGAAGGGACAAAAAAACCAAGGGAAGCAGGGGGGAAGGGGGUUGCUCAAGCUUGGAAUCCCGCCUAGGUACCCUUUGGGUUCCAAUGGCUUUGAGCAGCGGAGGGGUAUUCUUCAAGAUCUUGGUGUUCCUCUGCUUUAUCAGAUUAUCUCAAGGAAGAAACAAUUCAGCCACACUGGAUCUCCCUCCACUCCGGAAGGCAAGCAGUUUCUCCGAAAUGCAGCAUGAUACAUAUGACUACAUCAUUGUUGGCGGGGGAACGUCUGGAUGCCCGUUGGCAGCAACGCUGUCCAAGAAGUACAAAGUGCUCUUGCUGGAGAGAGGUGGAUCUCCAUACGGAAACCGCAACAUCUCAUACCUUGAGAACUUCCACAUUUGUCUGGCCGAUGAGUCGCCAAAUUCACCAUCUCAGGGUUUCAUCUCCACUGAUGGUGUCAUCAAUGCCCGUGCAAGGGUUCUAGGUGGAGGAACAUGUAUCAAUGCCGGCUUCUACAGCCGAGCCAACCAAAGCAAGAUUGCAUUAGUCUCGAUGCUAAAAGUCAGCAAAAUGGCCAAUGGGAGAAGCCAUGUAGGCUGGACAAACUUUUUCAGAAACGUGUGCAGAUUUGUGCAGGACGCAGGAUGGGAUGAAGAGUUGGUGAAUCAGUCCUACCCUUGGGUCGAAGAGAGGGUUGUGCAUUGGCCAAACAUUGCACCUUGGCAAGCUGCCCUGCGGGAUGGGCUGCUUGAAGCAGGGGUCUCGCCUUACAAUGGAUAUAGCUAUGACCAUAUAUCUGGAACCAAAGUUGGGGGAACCAUCUUUGAUGAGACUGGGUACCGGCACACUGCUGCUGACCUCCUAGCUGCUGGAAAUCCUGCCAAUCUCAGAGUGCUGCUUCAUGCUAGUGUGAACAAAAUAAUUUUCGAGAUGAGCAAAGGGCAUCGGCCAAGUGCUAUUGGAGUUCAAUUCAAGGAUGAGAAUGGCGGGGACCAACAAGCCUUUCUCAUCCAAAAGAGACGCAGUGAGGUUAUUGUCUCUGCCGGUGCAAUUGGAAGCCCCCAGCUGUUAUUGAUCAGUGGCAUUGGACCAAGGAGUGAACUUACGAAGCAUAACAUUUCUGUAGUCCUACACAGUGAACAUGUGGGUAAAGGAAUGUCAGAUAACCCAAUGAACUCCGUAUUUAUACCUACCGAGAAUCCCCCAAAGCAAUCUCUUAUUGAGACUGUUGGAAUAACUGAUGAUGGUGUGUUCAUCGAAGCCAGCAGUGGUUUCAGCCAGACAGCGGACAGCAUCCACUGCCACCAUGGAAUCAUGUCUGCUGAGAUUGGGCAGCUGUCGACGAUUCCUCCAAACCAACGAAGUUUAGAAGCAGUCCGUAAGUAUGUACAAAAUAAAAAUAGCCUGCCGAAAGAAGUAUUUCAUGGGGGGUUUAUUCUUUCGAAGAUUGAUGGGCCACUGUCUACUGGCAACCUAGUUCUUGUGGAUACUGAUGCCAACAGCAAUCCCAAUGUCACCUUCAACUACUUCAAGCAUCCACAGGAUCUGAGACGAUGUGUUUAUGGGAUAAAGACCAUCGAGAGAAUAAUGCAUACAAACACUUUCUCUAACUUUACUCCGAAAGGUGCUCAAUAUCCUAUGGAAAAGUUGCUCAACAUGAGUGUAACAGCUAACAUAAACUUGAUACCGAAGCACACAGAUGAUAGCACAUCCUUCGAGCAGUUUUGCAAGGAUACAGUUGUCACCAUCUGGCAUUAUCAUGGUGGAUGCCAUGUGGGCAAGGUGGUUGACCAAAAUUACCGAGUGAUAGGCACAUCAGGCCUCCGGGUGAUCGACGGAUCAACAUUCUCUAGGUCGCCAGGAACCAAUCCCCAAGCCACAGUCAUGAUGAUGGGCAGAUACAUGGGAGUGAAGAUCCUAAGGGAAAGAUUAGGACGAGCGGCUGGAGUAUAAUAGAUUCUUGGACCUUAUCCAGUUCAUCAAGUAAGAAAGUGAUUUAGGAGAGAAGUACAUAGUAAUUUUUGAAGAGAUUCAUCAACGACCACCACAGAAAGAAAAGUUAGGAGUAUCAUUUGUAUUCUUACCAUUCAUGUGAAAAUAUAUGGCCUGCUAAAAUAUUGUGUUGGUUUUACAUUCCGGCCCUUCUUGCUCCAUUGGAUGUUUUACGGAGAGCAUUUCAAAUGAUGGUUGUGGACAAAACAAACUCUACUACAUGUAGUCACAGCAUAUGGAAGUUAUGAAGAAUAAACGUGCAGACUGCAGAGCACUCGAUGUUAUC